AUGACUGUAUUGGAUGCAGUACUAGCCGUGGCAUUCAUUCUUUUCAUAUGGUUUCUGUUUGGCUGGCAUGGAACUCGUCGCAACAAUUCUAUCGAAACAGGUUCAUUGGAAAUUCAAACCGUCAUACCUACUUCAAACUUCAAAUUUACAUUUGAAAAAGGAAAAAUUGAAAUGGAGGAUAUGAAUGCUCAGAAUCUGAGCCAGAUAUCCAAGAUGGACAUCCCACAUACAGGAAAUUCAUGGAAGUCAAAUAAAAUCUCUUCAACUCAAGAUUCGAACAUAAAUAGUCUUGCUAUAAUUGGGACAAAUAAUUCAACAAUCCAGGAAUCACAGAAUACGCAGGAUUCAGGAACGAUCAGAAAGGAGGAUGAUUCAUUAGCGGGAAUAGAUACGAGAAGUAAAUCAGUAUAUUUCUCAACUCGGGUUCUCAGCGAGUGCAAUUUGAAAAUUUUCCCCUCUCUAGAAUAUGCAAUCGUAUCAGAAAAUUUGGAUAAUGCAUCAAUAGACGAAGCAAAAUCAGCAAUACCUGCAGAAGAUGCUUUUAGCGUAGUCAGUUUGCCAUCCUUGGAAACCGGGAUUACUGCGACAGAUAUGACUGCGGAAGUGCCAAGCGCGAUGAGAGCUGUGUCGGUUAUUGAGCUGGACAGUCAGCUGGAAGUAGACAAUCCAAUAACUGAAGAUAUGAUAGAAUCAGUACAUGAUAAGCAACUAACGUUACAAAGCAAAACUGCAACAAAUGCCACUUGCAAAGCACAUUUGAAGACCGAGUGUUCCAUAACAAAGCUUAGGUCGAGUGAUACCAUAUCAGUGUUAGACACUGAUACUGAUUUAAAUAUGGAGAUUGACUCUACAUCUGAUUAUAUGCUGAUGGAAAAGUAUCUCUCCAAUAAUUAUUAUAUUUCGGAUUCCGAAUUCACUACCAACACGGAAAUAACACAGAAAAAGUUGGACGAAAUCGUUACUGCUGAGGAAGUAAGCAGUUUAUCAAGCUCAUUUAUCACCAUUGAUUAUGAACCGGCAAUAACUGAAUCGGAAGCUUAUUUACGCGCAAACUAA